AUGGCAACUCCAACCCCCCUCUCAGAAACCAGCUCCGCUCUUCCCGUAUCUUCAAAGGCCUUCGCUAUAGCCGGCAUAACCACAGUAGUCUACGGCCUCUCCGAACUCCCUCCAAACCAGACCUCGAUAACAUGUCUCUGGCUUCUGCACCCCCGCCUGCAAACCAAAGACAUCAUGGCCGCCGUGGCAUCCAGCUGCAUCAACGACUGGAACUCCCACCCGUCGUCUGACCAGCAGGCAAAAGUCGGCCUGAUCGCCGUCGCGUUCGACCAACGCAAUCACGGCUCUCGACUCUUGAAUUCCUCUUCCAACGAAGCGUGGAGGGAAGGUAACGUGACACAUGCGCAGGAUAUGUUCAGUAUAUUCCACGGCACGGCUAUGGAUACAAGUCUUCUGAUAGACCAUCUGGGAUCUUACAUUUUCAACGGUCCCAAUGAUCCACCUAUUAAUCAGAACAUUGUACUGGGCAUCAGUCUCGGUGGGCAUGCGGCCUGGCAAGUCCUAUUCAACGAUCCACGAGUCACGGCCGGAGUUAUCAUCAUUGGGUGUCCAGAUUACAUGAGUAUGAUGACUGACCGCGCCCGCCUCUCCAAACUCCCCACCUACACCACCUCCUCCCCUCCAGGCUCCGCCUUCCUCGGCUCCCCCGACUUCCCCACCGCCCUCAUAACCUCCGUCUCCAAAUCAGACCCCAGAGGCCUCCUCUUCGGGACGUUCCCCAUCCCCACCCCCUCCCCGGCCCCCUCACCAGCUGAGCAAGCCCGCUUGGGUCCGCUCCUCGACGCGCGGAUCCGGAACAAGAAGAUCCUCGUCUGCUCCGGCGCCGCCGACAAGCUCGUGCCGUACCACUGCUCCCAGCCCUUCUUGGACUUCCUGAAAGCCGCGACGGAACCCGAUGCCGGCUGGUACCGCGACGGGGGCGUGAGCCUCGAUGACAGGGUCUACGAAGGGGUGGGUCACGCGUACAGCGAGGACAUGGCGAUGGACGUGGUUCGCUUUGUCAGCGAGUUCCUGGCGAGAGGUGGGGGCGAGGAGGGUAGCGAUUCGAAGUUGUAA